AUGGCUUCGCCAUCGCCGCCUCGAGGCCGUUCACCAGCGCGCUCUGCCACUCCUCCGUCUGCACGACAGGUACCGUCAGGCCACUACAGUCGUUCGCCUGCUGGUCGCCGAUCCCCUUCCCCAAGAUCAGGCUCGCGUUCAUAUUCGAGAUCACCACCCUCAAGAGAUGGGCGUAAUGGUCAUGCGCGAGGCAGAAGUACCAGUGCCAGUUCUUCUCGGAGUCGAAGUCCAAGUCGAGGGGACAGAAGAUCAUAUCGCAAUCGCAGCUACACACGAAGCCCGAGCAGAGAGAGCCGUCGAGCUCAGAGUUCCAAGAUCGUGGUGGAGAAGUUGACAAAGAACGUUACGGAGGCACACCUGCGCGAAAUCUUUGGAUCCUACGGCCGCAUCGAAUCAAUAGACCUCCCACUGAACAAACAGUUCAUGACAAACCGAGGAACGGCCUACAUCCUCUACGAUCAUCCGUCUGGAUCGGAAGCUGCAAUAGCGCACAUGCACGAAGCACAACUGGACGGCAUGGUUAUAUCGCAAGGUCGUCGAGACCAGGUCCACCACCUCCAAGCUACAAACCUCCUCCCAGGGGACCACCUGGAGCACGAUACCAGAGUCCCCCACCAAGAAGAGGAGGUUUCGGAGGAGGUAGAAGACGCCCGGACGACGACAGUUACAUGCCACGAGCAACAUAUUCCAGGUCGCCUUCACCACCUAGACGCCGAAGGCGGACACCCUCGUAUUCGAGAUCGCCUUCGAGAAGCCCUCCGCGGCGCCGCCAACCGCCAGGUCGAAGCCCCCCACGGAGAAGGCGAAGGAGUCCAAGCUACAGCUCUAGGAGCAGUUAUAGUCGGAGCCCAAGCCGGUCGAGAAGUCGUUCCUGGAGUCGACCUCGAUACAGAGGGCGGAGAUGAAGCUGAGAUGCCUCUUUGGGGUGGCACGCAAUACCCCAAGAGGGCCUAG